AUGUUGAAACUAUCUAGAACUACAAUAAACGUAACUAAAAGAUUAUCUUCAACAAUAACAGCACCUAAAAACGUGGGUUCAAAACACCCAAUCAGUAAUUUCUUUAUUAAGCUAUCCCUAGCGACUGGUGCUUUUUAUGUGGGUGGUGUAGCCUUAUCAGAGUAUAACGACCAGUUUGGUUCUCUUUUUACCGAUAAUGUUCCAUUGGCUGAAGAAGCCUGUGAAUUAUAUGAAUCUUUUAGAGACGGAGAAUUAUUCAACGGUUCCGCAAAUGGUUCUGCAAUCCAUUCUACUGCAUAUGAGACUUUCGAGGACUUGAAAAAUAAGAUCGGCAAAUUAGGUUCAAAAGAAAUUCCUUCUGGAAGUGGUGUUAGCCCUCAACCACUUGUUGAUCAGAAUGAAUUGAGUGAAGUCAGUGCUGCUGCUGCUACUGUUCCGGCUAACAUCAUUCCCUUAAGUUUGAAACAAUUGGUUUCAAAUACUCCUGCCAAUAAUGAAGUUGUUGGUCAGUUGCUAAAAGUCACUAAUGAAACUAUCGAUGUCAUAAAUAGAGGAGGCUUCAAAUUACCAGAAAAAGAUGUGAAUGAGUUAAAUAAACAAUUAAAUAUAUUGAACGAUAUUGUUUCUAAAUCCAAUGUUCAAUUAAACAAAUUAGCUGACCAAUCCAUUAUCACUACUUCAAAUGUCCUACAACAAGAAUACAAUGAAAAAUUAGUUAAAGAACAAGCACUAUUAGAUCAAAAAUACUUGCACGAAUUUAACAAUUUUAAAGAAAAACUAGAGGCCAAAUUCCAAAAGCAAUUGAAAACUGAAUUAACAACAAAUGAAGAAAAUUUAAGUGCCAAGCAGGCUAACCAAGUUGCUUUGCUAUCCAUUAAACAAGUUGAACAAUUCAACAGGAUUUUAAAGGAAAAAUUAGAUCAAGAAAGGGAAGGCAGGUUGUCCAAAUUAGAGCAAUUGGAUGCAGCUGUGAGUACUUUAGACGGCACAAUCACAAAACUAGACAAAUAUGUUCUAACACGUGAAGCCGUUACCCAAUUGGUCACCCUUUGUUCUCAACUAAAGGACAAUUUGAUAUUAGGCUCAGGUGGCGAUGAUUUGGUUAAGCAUGUUGAGAAAAUCAAGCUAUUGGCUAGUGUUAUACCUUACGCUUCUAUGUGUGGUUGUAAGAACUGUAAGAAGUCAGGCUUUUGUUCUUGUGGUUGUUCUAGAAAGAAGAAGCUAAUGGAUUACGCCGCCAGUGAGUUAGAGACAGUUUUAACUUCUACUCCAGAUGUUCCAGUAUUAACUAACGAACAAUUGUAUAAUAGAUGGAAUUUAUUGUCUGACAAGUUAAAGGAAGCUUCUUUACUACCACCAAAUGCUGGUAUUUUGGGUCAUUUUGGUGCUAAGAUUUUUUCUAAAUUGUUAUUUGAUAAAACUGGUAUUUCCAAAGAUAAUGACAUGGAAAACGUCGUUGCCUGUGUUUCCGAAUACAUUAAAUUAGCCAAAUUGGAUUUAGCAGUUGAAGAGGUUGUCUCAUUAGAUGGAUGGGCACGUGUUUUGUGUAAUGAUUGGAUUAUUGAAGCUAGAAAAAAGUUGGAAGUCCAAACGUUAGUAGAUGUUAUUUACGGUGAAGCUAGAACAACUUGA